AUGCACUCUAACUAGACUUAGAUUAUAUAAUAAAGACAAUCAAGCCUUUGUAUAUUGUAGAGAUUGGUUAGAGUGGGUAGUGGAGUUGUUAUUAAUAGUCUUUAAAAGUUAUUGGCUCAAUAAUCAUUCAACGAUGCUAUUUACUUUGGAAUUGACAUCAAUAUCAAAGCACUAGAUGUUACUCUUAGGACAGCUAUAUAGAACAAUUGUGAUGUCUAAGUGAUUCAGCAAAGUUUUUGCCACAAUUUUACAAAUCUAAUGAAAGGUUCUGUUGAUGUCUUUAUUUUCAAUCCACCUUAUGUUGUGACUCCCGAAGAUGAAUUAAUGAAAGCAUAGCAAAAGCGAGACAUUGAAGCAUCCUGGGCUGGUGGUAAAGACGGCAUACAAGUCUUGAUGGCUUUUAUUCCAAAAGCAUAUGAAUUUUUAUCAGAAAAAGGAGUGUUUUACCUACUUUUAAUUGAGGAGAAUCUUAAAAUCCUUAAGAGGCUAGGAAAGUUGUUUGAUAUUGUCUACUUAGUGAAACGUGAAUGCCCUGGAGAGAGGUAAGUCAUUCUCAGACUAACUAAAAAGUAAAAAUGA